UCCGCCGCUAAGGCCGGGAAGGCUCGGCCGCCGUCUCCUUCCCCGAGACUGCCUCUCAUUUUACGAUUCUCCCCGUCAGCUCAAAAACCGGAAUAAAAAAAAAGGAAUAGAGGGAGAAUAAAUGGGGAAUAGAGGCGCCACUUGUGUUCUAAGCCAGAAGAAAACGAAGCAAAAGGGAAACUGAUUCCAGAGUGGAAACGGAGUUCCUUCCACCCUUGAAUAAAUCUUAAAGCGCUCGGUUUGCUCCCCUUUAUUUCCCUGUCGCCUUUAUCUCGUUAACUCUCUCUUGUCCUUAUUCUUCUUCUGUUCUUGGAGUCUCUGUGCUUCUGAUUUUUGUCUCCAUUUCUUUAUUUCUUUUUUGGUAAAUAAUCCAUUUCUUUAUUGGAGUCCUGGUGUGGUGUCUUGUGGGAAUAAAUUGUCUUAGUUUUGGGGGCAUGUGGAGAUAUUUGGAGAGAGGAGCGUGGGGAAGCAUUGAUGGAGUGGGGCGGAGCUUUCUAAAUCGGGAAGGGAGGAGGGGUGCAAGCGAAUUCUAGCGAAUCUCCAAUUCCACGUUAGAAUAAAUAUAACAAGAGAUCACCAUGGGUGACCCAUAGAUUUUUACCGUCUUCGCUUCCUUCUUCUUCUUUUCUCCAUCUCCAAAGGGUCAGAAACAACGAGAGGUUUCAGAAAGAUAACACCUUUGUUUCUUGUACUUAGAAAGUUUGCUCCUUUCUUCUUCUUUCUUCUUAUUCUCAGCUGUUCCUCUUUUUAUUCUUCCAAGUAGUGUGCUUUUCUUGAUCUUCUUCCUCCUCCUCCUCCUCCUCCUCCUCCUCCUCCUCCUCCUUUUGUGGAAAUAGUCAUAUUUUUGUCUGAUUUUAUAUGGAGAGGUGUUGAUACUGGUAUUUGGAUAAUAAAUUAGAGAAAGGGAGAAGUAGGGCGGAAAGGAAUCCAAAUAUCAGUACUGUAAUAAAAAAGGGAUGGCGGCCGUUCGUCGAAGGCACUCCAAUCUCCAGAGCUUCCUCACCCGCACCACCCCUUCCGUGCCGUCGCAUUCUCUCCCAAAGACAUGCAUUCGAGAUCUGAACACCCUCUGGCAUCCAGUUGGCAAGGACACGGUUGAGUACUUCACUCUCGGAGACCUCUGGGAUCAGUAUAAUGAGUGGAGUGUCUAUGGUGCUGGUGUCCCGGUUGUCAUCGACAACGGCGAGACUGUAGUCCAGUACUAUGUACCUUACCUGUCUGCUAUCCAGAUUUACACCAGCAAAUCUCCUAUGGCUUCAAGGAACGUGCUGGAAGAGAGUGAGAGUGAUUCUUUCAGCGAUGACAGUGAGAGUGAGAAGCUAUCUAGGUCAUGGGAUGCUGUAUCAGAUGACUCAGUCUUCGACCAGGAUGCUUCAUGGCCAACAAGGGAAAACCUAGGUCAUCUACGCUUUCAGUAUAUUGAGUAUGAUGCUCCAUAUAGAAGACUGCCACUGAUGGACAAGGUAACUGAGCUGGCUCGGAGUUAUCCAGGUUUGAUGACCCUUAAGAGUGUGGAACUAUCACCUGCUAGCUGGAUGUCAGUUGCAUGGUACCCUAUUUAUCACAUUCCAACUCAUACAAGUGUCAAAGAUUUGUCUGCAUGCUUUCUGACUUAUCAUACCAUCUCCUCAGCUUUUCAAGAUAAUUUGACCGGAGAUGUGGAGAAACGUGUACAUUGUACUGCAGGAAAUGGAAUUGAACAAAAGGAACAGAGCAACCGCAUCACUCUUUCUUCCUUUGGACUGGCCACUUACAAAGUACAGGGGAGUAUCUGGACAAAUCCUGCAUGUUUAGACCAUGAAAAGAUCAGGAACCUCCACAGUGCUGCAGCCUCCUGGUUGAGGCAGCUUGGUGUUCAUCACCAUGACUUCGACUUCUUUGUUACUCACUGAUGUAAAUAGUUUUCACUUCCAUUUUUCCUAGUGAGCUGCUGCAUGCCGCGGUAAUGUUGCCCUGCUAAAGUUUGGAGAACUCUACUAAGGGUGAAACUCUAGCUUCUGAGUAGGUUGAAGGGUUAUGGUGGAAAAAAAAUCAGUGCUGUUUUAGUUAAAAUGUGUUGAUGGUGCACAGAACUGAAAGUAGGUUUUGGUUAUGAACUUUCCCUAUUUGAGAGAUCAUGAGUUUUAACAUUUUGGUGCAUUAACCUUUUAUUGACGGUUUUCCUUGUUGUAUUUGGGAUGUAUAGACAAAAAAAAAGGAUUCUUGUAUGUCUGGCUUUGUCAUAUAUAUACUCUUGGAUUACUAUC